GUUUUAAAUGCACUCGGCAUAUCGUUUUUGAGUCGCCAUGAAGAAUCCACAACUACUAGUACCGUAAUCUCGCUCUAGAGUCAUGGACAAUACGGCCAUUGAAACUCGUACUCAGAAUAAAAUGCAUCCAAAACGUAGUGGCGACGUACUACUUCCUCUUGCUAUCACACAGGUGGGAAGAGGCCAAGGCGCGGCUGCACGACAUCCAGGAUAAAGAUGUGCGCGAGUUGAAUGGACUUGGCGGCAUCGUGAAGUUGCAGUCGUUCUGCAAAGUUGCUCGUGAUACUAGGUAUCACUGGGCAUAGGUCGACACAUACUGCAUCGACAAGAAGAGCAAUAUCGAGGUCCAAGAAUAGAUCAACUUCAUGUUCGUCUGGUACCACCAUUCAGCGCUUACGAUCAUCUACCUUUCUGACGUCCCGCCUUCAUCCAAGUCUGGCGCUCUGGCGAAAAGCGAGUGGAACAGACGAGGAUGGAAUUCCUCGCUUCCAAAGUCAUUCUCUUCUCUCAGAAGGUUUGGUUAUCGAUCACUCCCAAAACCACAAAGAGUCCCCUACAAUCAUGAAGGAGUUGGAGGAUGCAACAGGCGUAGAUGCACAGGCCCUGAUCUCUUUUCAUUUAGGGAUGAGCAAUACCCGACAGAGACUUCAAUGGACAUCAUCUCGCGUUGCAAUGCGUCAGGAGUAUUCAUUGUUUGGCAUCUUAAAAGUCCGUCUGCCUGUAGAUCAUGUCGAAAAGAAGGAAAUCGCGCUCGGGCGUCUCCUGCAGGAGAUCGUGGCACACAGUCAGGCGACAUUACUGCCCUCGAUUGGGUCGGACAAUCAUCCGAAUUCAAUAGUUGUGUUACAGCCGACAUCACCUCUUACAACACUCCUCCAUGCACCCUUCCAUCUUCGUCUGAAGAUAAGAUUCAGACAACUGUCUCUUCGUUGCGGAAAAAUCGCGUGAUUAUGGAUUUGGCUUCGAAACUUUACGACCGGCUUGAUACCACAAGCGCUGCUCAUUUCGCGAACCACAGACUGCAUCUACCUUGCAUGACAUUCCGUGUCACAGACGCCAGUCCGGGCCCCAGGAGUCUCGAUAUGAGGUCAAGGCAGACGGGCUUCACGACCUGUUGAUCACCACCAAAGAGCCGAUUGUUCUCGCGGACAGUGCUCACUCAGCAAACCUUCGUGCUUGUCCGUCCCUGGGAUCAAUCUCUCCUCGAACUACCAGGCUUUUUAGAUUUUCCCGACGUUGGGGACGAUACGGAAAGCGAGGAGAAUUAUUGGACGCCACCUUCUUCUCCUUCAGACGAAUCACCUAGCCAUUCUCUUGUAAAACAGAAGGUGGUUGAUCUAGAAUCACGAGCAUUGCGGUUAUUUGUUCGACUUGGGCAGGAUUUCGGCGCAUUUAUGCUAGCGCGGUGGAGAAUACAAUAGGAUCGCGUCAGAUCGUGGUAUUAUUGCACAGGUCAAAG